CCAGGUUCUGCUUGAAUCUUCACGGCAUGAAGACGGAAUGUGUUUGUUCCCGCAGGAUCUAGUACUCCAAGCCCGCGGUAACCGCAGCCAUGGAGAACGCAGACAGUGCCGAGGAGGAGAAGCCGACUGUCAGCAAUGACAGCACGGACAAUGGCGCUGAGACGGCGACAGACGAACAGCAGAUGGACUUCAGUACGGAAAUUAUGAGUGUCACUGAGAUGGAGCAGUCGCCCGACAGUUCCCCUGACCUGAAUGAAGAGGACACACAGGAGAGUGAAAUUCCAAAUAUUGAAAGUUUACAGACCACAGAUAUUGAGGCUUGCUUCCCUCCAGAUUUUGACAAGUUCUGGAAAGUAGUAGAGGACAAUCCCCAGGAUUUCACAGGAUGGGUAUAUCUACUACAGUAUGUAGAGCAGGAGAACCACUUACCAGCUGCCAGGAAAGCAUUUGACAGGUUUUUCACGCAUUAUCCUUAUUGCUAUGGGUACUGGAAAAAGUAUGCAGACCUUGAAAAGCGGCACGACAACGUUAAACAGUCUGAUGAGGUUUAUCGCAGAGGGCUUCAGGCUAUUCCUCUUAGUGUUGAUCUUUGGAUACAUUAUAUAAACUUCUUAAAGGAGACCUUGGACCCUGCUGAUCCCGAAACUAACAGUACGAUUCGAGGAGCCUAUGAACAUGCAGUCUUAGCUGCUGGGACAGACUUCCGUUCCGACAGACUGUGGGAAAUGUAUAUAAACUGGGAAAAUGAGCAGGGAAACCUAAGGGAGGUUACAUCCAUCUACGACCGCAUCCUUGGAAUCCCAACACAACUCUACAGCCAUCACUUCCAGAGGUUUAAAGAGCAUAUACAGAACAACCUACCCCGAGACCUGCUGACCACCGAGCAGUUUGUUCAGCUGCGCAGAGAACUGGCGUCUGUGAACGGCCACAGCGGGGAGGACGCGCAGCCUGGCGACGACCUGCCCUCCGGCACCGAGGACAUCACCGACCCUGCCAAGCUAAUCACUGAGAUAGAAAACAUGAGGCACAGAAUCAUUGAGAUUCAUCAGGAAAUGUUUAACCACAACGAACAUGAAGUCAGUAAAAGGUGGACGUUUGAAGAAGCGGUAAGUUUGGUUUCUCUCUGUAUUGAAGGAGUGAGGCAUGUCUACAGCAGGGCUUGCACAAUACAUCUUCCUAAGAAACCAAUGGUCCACAUGCUCUGGGCUGCCUUUGAGGAGCAGCAGGGCAACAUCGAUGAAGCAAGAAGAAUCUUGAAAACAUUUGAAGAGUGUAUUCUAGGGCUAGCAAUGAUUCGCUUGCGAAGAGUAAGCUUAGAGCGCAGACACGGAAACAUGGAAGAAGCUGAACACCUGCUCGAGGAUGCUGUUAGGAAUGCCAAAUCAAUUAGCGAAUCGUCGUUUUAUGCCAUCAAAUUAGCUCGACACCUCUUCAAAGUACAGAAAAAUCUUCCAAAGGCAAGAAAAGUGCUGUCAGAAGCCAUAGAAAUUGACAAAGUAUGUGUUCCCUCUUUGCUGUAUACUGUCUCUCUGAAAAUGGUGAGCAGAGCUUGCUUUCUGUUUGUCCCCUUCAGGCUUCUGGAUGCCUACGAUGAGCACCAAGCGCUUCUGAAGGAGCAGGAUUCCCUGAAGAGGAGAGCAGAGAACGGAUCAGAGGAGCCGGAUGAAAAGAAAAUGCUGACGGAUGACCCAGCUCUGCGGCGAGAGAAAAUGGCGGCGGCCGCCUGA